UUCCGGUUUUUCUGUCGUGGCCGCGCGCAGAAGAUCGAGAAGAAGACGAUAUUCUACGCGUGCUUGGCCCGCGUCGUACGCGAGGGCGGGUUCAAGGUCGCGCUCAUCUCGCGGUACAGCGCCAUUCCCGGCCACGUGACGACCGCGCUCUACUCGACCUGCGGCCUCGGCUUUUGGAUCUUCCUCGCCGCCGCCGUGCUCUCGCUCCCGAAGCAGCUCGCGCUGAUCGCGAUCGGCAUGCUCGCCGAGGAGUCGGACAACGCCUCGGGCACGACCCCGAAGCACACCAAGAUCAUCUCCUGGGUCGUCGUCGCCAUCACGGUCGUGAUCACCGUGGUCGCCUACCGCUGGAUCCUGAGGCAGAUGAACGACGUCAAGCCCGUCGUGAUCUACGAGCGGCGCAAGGCGAGGUACGUCUCUUCUUCCUAA